GAGCCUGUGGAAUAAGCAGCUGUCUCAGAGCGCAAGCUCACGCUGGAAAUUUUGUUCCUGCCUGGUGUUUGAACGUUCACAAACAGUCUUGCAGAUUUUUUUUUUGUAUGUGUCUGUCUUUCUUUUUCAGGGACGGAUAGCGUGUGCCAAUGUCCUAAGUGACCUUUAUGCCAUGGGGGUCACAGAAUGUGACAACAUGUUGAUGCUUCUUGGAAUCAGCAAUAAAAUGACAGAUAGGGAAAGAGACAAAGUGAUGCCUCUAAUUAUCCAGGGUUUCAAAGAUGCAGCAGAAGAGGCAGGAACAUCUGUUACUGGUGGCCAAACAGUGCUAAAUCCCUGGAUUGUUUUAGGAGGAGUGGCCACAACAGUCUGUCAGCCUAAUGAAUUUAUAAUGCCAGACAAUGCAGUGCCAGGAGACGUGCUUGUAUUGACUAAACCCUUGGGAACACAAGUGGCUGUAGCUGUCCACCAGUGGCUGGAUAUUCCAGAAAAGUGGAAUAAAAUCAAACUAGUAGUAACGCAAGAGGAUGUAGAACUAGCCUACCAGGAAGCAAUGAUGAACAUGGCACGACUGAACAGAACAGCUGCUGGACUCAUGCACACUUUCAAUGCACAUGCAGCUACAGACAUCACAGGAUUUGGAAUCCUGGGGCAUGCACAAAACCUUGCCAAGCAGCAGCGAAAUGAGGUGUCCUUCGUUAUUCAUAACCUUCCUGUUCUUGCUAAGAUGGCUGCUGUCAGUAAGGCUUGUGGCAAUAUGUUUGGCCUCAUGCAUGGGACUUGUCCGGAGACUUCAGGAGGCCUCCUCAUCUGUUUACCACGAGAACAGGCAGCACGUUUCUGUGCCGAGAUCAAGUCUCCAAAAUACGGGGAAGGUCACCAAGCAUGGAUUAUUGGCAUUGUAGAGAAGGGCAACCGCACGGCCAGAAUUAUAGACAAACCACGAAUCAUUGAAGUCGCACCACAGGUGGCCACUCAGAACGUGAACCCAACGCCCGGUGCCACCUCUUAAUGUAGAUGAAAUAGUUGUUUGUUUUUAAAUAGAUCUAUUCCUUUAUCAUCCUACAAUUUAAAGAACUGUAAAAAGAAAAGAAAACUUGUUGUGUCUGCACAUCUGGUGGCCUUAGGUCAGUUUAUGAGUGGAUACAAUUAAUGAAAUAAAAUCCAUUGCCUUUUUUUCCUGUUACAUUAACUGAAGAUGCACCUAAUCUUGAGGCAGCUUCUGAGUUGAGAAUUAUAUUGUUAUCCAAUACUGUUGAUUCAUUUUGAAUCUUUAGACACUUAUCUCUUGCCGCAUAGGCUCUUUUUAAAGGUGCUUUCACGUAGCACAGACAUUACCAGUAGUAGUGUCAAAUAGCAGUUUGUGUCCUUUCAUUAUAUGUAUAUUUAUCAUAAGUCUAAUUUUGAUGCCUUGAGUGAUAUUCCAAAAAGGCAAUAAAUUGAUAAGCGACACAGUGGGUAUACUUGGUAGUAAGAGGGUUGCAUGAUUACAUUCAAUCUUUGAUUUUAUUUUAUUUUUUAAAUUUUUUUUGUAAGGUAUAGUUUUACCAAGAGCAUCUACGACCCUGGACAUUGCUUGGUAGUGCACUCUGUUUAAACGAGCAAGUGCUGACUUUGCAUGGAAAGUGCUUCAGAGUCGAAGGAGUCAUUUUUAAUUUCAUUAUUUGUAGACCUGACAAUAUUUACUGUAUUACAAAUGAUUGUUUUCUUUAUUGAUAGUAAGGAAAAAUAAUUCUUUUUUUUUUUUUUUUUGCAAUGUGAUUGGAUGUGCUAUAGUGCAACAAAGGUUUUGCAGACCAAAAGGAGGUUACUGUAUAAUAUUCAUUUACAAUUCACCAUAUAAAUAACUACACAAAUAAUUUUUAAAUAUAAUCAAACUAAAAUAAACCUCUGUUCUGUGGAUGGUAGUGUUUAAUACAUUUUAUAUUUUGUAUAGUGAUUACAAGCCUUUUUUUUCCUUUAAAAUCAGCAGCUGUUUAGUAUAAUUCUUAGUAUUAUUUUGUUCUUUGCUCACAUACAUUUUUCUGCACGCUUUUGUGAUCUGUGUUUUAAAAUCUACAUUGCCAACAUUGCAGCUUGAACUUAAGCUUGUUAUUCAAAAUAAAUAUUUAAUUUUUUUUAUUGCUCUUGUAUAAGCACAUGAACUUUUUUGAGUCCUAGCUGAACUACAAACUGGAA